GCCAGGUCAGUCGCCAGUCCCCCGCCAGCCUCAUGCCAGCUUGCCAUGGGUGACAGCUGGUGUACAAAGAACCUGUGCCCUUUGCUCUACGUGGCCUUGGGGCUGCUGGGGCUGCUGCUCCUGGUCGGGACCAUUCUGUCCGCCUGUCUGUGCCGGCUCCUUAGGAGAGUGAAGCGGCUAGAGAGGAGCUGGGUCCAGCGCUCGGGGGAGACGGAGCUCCACUACGCGUCUCUACAGAGGCUGCCCGUGCAGAGUGCAGAGGGCACGGAGCAGGCCCACGGAGAAGGAGAAAGCAUGAAGGAGGACCCCAGUGCUGACUACGCCUGCAUUGCUAAAAACAAGCCCACCUGAGCGCCCAGGACACCUGCCUCGCCCCAGCCAGAGGCCAGCGUCACCCGGUGGUGC